CCACCUUAAUUAUCUCAUUCUCAGCUCACUGGCCGGCCACCCCCUAUAUAAACCCAUGGAGCCCUAGGAACCAAACUCCAUGCCAAAACACACAAUUCCACACAUGCAUGUGCAUGCACACAGCUAGCUACAACUAGCAACAUAACAAGAAUCAGAUCACAAACAAUUCAUACAGGCAGUGUGUUGUUGUAGAUUAAUCUCUCAUUAGUUGCGACAGUCGGAUCGAUCAAAGAUGAAGAAGGCGUCGAGGUUCCUGAAGCAGCUCUUCUCGGCCAUCGUGGCGGCGGUGAGGGAGAGCUCCGCGGCGAUGCGCAGCAAGACGAGCGCCGUGCGGACGCGGCUCAUCUUCCUGGGCAUCCUCCGCAACAGGAAGCUCCUCAUGAGCUCCAUCAGCAGCAAGAUCCACGCCCUCGUGGCCGGCGCCGCCCAGGCCCAGGCCCAGCAGCACGGCAACAACAACAACAACAAUGGUGCUGGCCUUGUAGCGGCCCGCGGGAAGAAGAAGGCCGCCGUGCUGCAGAGCCUGCCGAGCUUCGCGGCGGAUGAUCAGGACAGGAGGAGGGCCGCCGCCGUCCUGCUGCUCAACAGCCUGCCGAGCUUCGCCAUGGGCCGGGGAGACACGGGCGGCAGCUGCCCUGACUCGCCGCUUGUCGUCACAGGCGGCGAGGAAGAGGGGAAGGAGGAAGGCGGCGAGGAGGACGGGAAGCAGCUGCAGCUGCAGGCGGGGUCGGUGAUCGAGCUGGCGCGCGGCGCGGCGGAGCGGGGCGGCGUGGAGUUCAGGCUGGAGGACGAGAUCGACCGCGUCGCCGACGUCUUCAUCAGGCGGUUCCACGACCAGAUGAAGCUGCAGAAGCUCGACUCCUUCAAGAGGUUCUGCGAGAUGCUCGACAGGAACUGAACUCACGCAGGGCAAUCAUCUACCGUACUCAUCGCUGCAGUACUGCAAUGGUUAUAUAUGCUUUGGUAUAGUUAAUCCGUGUGAUUAAGGCCGGGCAGAGGUUGAUGAAUUCGCCUCCUACGCUACGCACUUGGAGAAAAAUAACUGCGAGCCUGUGAUGUACUGUCAUUUUUACUCUUUUUUCUUACAAGAGUGAAAAGCAUCGGUACACGCUCGCAAUUUGAGCACUCCA